AUGGCUUCUCUAGCGAUCGGAUCUGCGACGAUGAAUGUCGUUCGCAACGGGGAAGGCGCGCGGGCGGCGACCUGCGCGGCGUCGGGCGGGGGUCACGCGUCGUCGGCAGCGCGCCAAUCAGGGGUUUUGGGCGGCCUCCCCCGUUCUGGUCGCUCCCCGAGCCUGACGACGGGGUUCGCCGGGACAAAGUUGCGAGAGGCACCUCGCAAGACGCGCUCACACUGCUCUCAUCGACUGCAGGUGAUGACGACCGCGCGUUACGUCAAGUCCGGGUUUUCCACCCAGGAUCUUCAGGACAACGGAGGUAGACUUGUGGCGAACCUCGACGGCAAAAAGAUUCUCAUCCAGGAGUUCAUGGGGGACGUCUACGCCGUGUCAAACAAGUGCCCGCACCUGAACUUGUCCAUGCAGGGAAAGACCGCGCUGUUGAGCGCCAAGUUAACGGAUGACGGUUGCAUCGUGUGCCCCGCGCACGGGUCCCAGUUCAAGCUGGACAACGGCGAGCAGGUUGGCGAGUGGUGCCCUAAUCUGCCAGACCUACCGCUGGUGGGAAAAAUUGGCAACGGGCCCGCACCACUGCCGGUGUACCAGACGCGGGUGACGGACUCUGGGGACAUUGAGGUCGACAUCGACGGGUCCGGCGAUAAUCCUGACUCACCCGGCGGCAGCAUGAGCAUGGACGAGGAGGACGUCGGCAUGCUGCGCGGCGCCGAGCUGCAGCAGCUCAUCAACAUGCCGCUUGCCGACAGCAGCAAGGGAGAGAACGUGGUGGGCGCAGAGGGCGUGCCUCUGGCGAUUAUCGAGGCCGAGAGAAAGUCCAAGCCAUUGCGUCGCUACAGACUAGGAUCAUAUGCGCUCGCCUCGUCGGUGGCCGCGGCGCAGAUGGUAAGCGUCAUCCAGGCAGGAGUGGAGGCGUGGCCCACCUGGAACCAGCAGGCGGUGGCGGACAUCGGGAUGGACAUCCUAGUGAUCAUCUCGGGAACUCUGCUCUGGCGAACGGAGCUGCAGAACCGGGCCGAGAGCCUCAAAACAAUAUGGGCGAAGGCUCAAUCCAGGGAGGAGAGUUUGAAGAGGGCCGAGGCAGGGUUGGGCGACACACUGUGGACCUCACGCAUGCGAAAGAAAAAAUCCAAGGAUUGA